AUGCUGGAUGGUCCUUAUGGAGGGUCGAGCGUCAAUCUGGGUCUGUACGAAAGCAUGUUUCUUCUAGCUGGCGGGUCUAGGGUCACAUUCACUCUUGGUCUGCUGGAUGACAUCGUCAGCAGGUGUGUCAAACUAGGCCGCAGUGAGGAGGAACG